CAGUUUGCUCAAGCUAUGCUUUUUGCCAUUGAGGAAGUUAAUAACAGUACAGAUCUACUUCCUGGGAUUUCUCUGGGUUAUAAAAUCUAUGACACUUGUGGUUCACUCAUCCGGAGCAUAAAAGUUGCUCUUGCUUUGAACAAUGGCAAUGCAAAUAUGUCUUUAACCUCUGAGGGACAAUGUUCCAGGCCUGUACAAAUGCAGGCUGUAAUGGGUGAAACCUCCUCUUCUCCGAGCACUGCAAUAGCUACGAUCUUAGGAGCAUUUCAUAUACCACUGAUCAGCCACUUUGCCACUUGUGCUUGUCUCAGUGAUAAAACUAAAUACUCAUCUUUUCUCCGAACCGUACCAAGUGACUACUAUCAGAGCAGAGCUCUGGCUCAUUUGGUCAAACAUUUUGGCUGGACUUGGGUUGGAGCUGUUAGAACCAAUGAUGAUUAUGGCAAUAAUGGCAUGGCAACUUUCACAGAAAUUGCUGAGCAGUUGGGUAUUUGUCUGGAAUACUCAGUUUCUUUCUUUAGAACAGAUUCUUCAGAAAAAAUACAAAAGAUAAUUAAAACAGUCAAGGCGUCUACUGCAAAGGUGAUUGUUGCUUUUCUCUCCCACCGAGACAUGGAAGUGCUUAUACAUGAACUGUCCGACCACAACCUUACUGGAUAUCAGUGGGUCGGCAGUGAGUCUUGGAUCUUUGAUUCACAAAUUGCAGCAAUGGAUAAAAAUCACAUCCUGGAUGGAGCAAUAGGCCUAUCAAUCCCGAAAGCACAAGUCACUGGUCUUCGAGAAUUCAUGCUUGAUAUAAAACCACUCAUUUUAUCGAAUAAUGAGUUGUUUAAAGAGUUCUGGGAAGCAUUAUUUCGCUGCAAGUUCAAGCAGCCCAAGUUAGCUGAGAUUCAGAAAGAGUGUACAGGAUAUGAAGAUCUAACAGGAGUGGAAAACAGCUUCACUGACAUGUCACUCAUGCCUAUUUUUAACAACGUCUAUAAAGGAGUUUAUGCUGUGGCUCAUGCUCUGCAUAAUAUUCUCAGCUGCAACAAAACUUGUAACAACAAUGUGCAGCUAUAUCCAUAUACGAUUUUACAGCACAUCCAGAAAAUUCACUUCAAAACAAAAGAAGGUGAUGAAGUUUACUUUAAUGAGAAUGGUGAUCCACCUGCAAAAUAUGAAAUUAUAAACUGGCAGCCAAGAGAAAACAACAUUGUGAGCUUUGUCACAGUUGGUCUUUAUGAUGCAUCAUUUCCUACAGAGAAACAACUAAGCCUUCAAAGCGAUUCCUUAAUUUGGACACACAGCUCACGACAUGUGCCAGUGUCGCUUUGCAGUGAAAAAUGUCCCCCAGGAACGCGUAAGAUUCUCCAGAAAGGAAAGCCUGUUUGCUGCUAUGAUUGUAUAAGAUGUGCCGAAGGAGAAAUGAGCAACAGCACAGAUGCUGUAUCUUGCGUGAGAUGCCCGCCUGAAUCCUGGUCAAAUAUGAGAAGAGAUGCAUGCGUAAGAAAGGAGGCUGAGUUUCUGUCAUUUGAAGAAGUUAUGGGAAUAUUGCUUACUUCUGCAGCUAUCUUUGGAACAUGUCUAACUGCAGCUGUAGCAUUCAUCUUUUACAAACACAGAAAAACUCCUCUUGUCAGGGCAAACAACUCUGAGCUGAGCUUCCUCCUCCUUUUCUCCUUGACCCUGUGUUUCCUCUGCUCUCUGACCUUUAUUGGACAACCCUCUGAGUGGUCCUGCAUGCUGCGUCACACAGCAUUUGGCGUCACCUUUGUCCUCUGCAUCUCCUGUGUUCUGGGGAAAACUAUGGUGGUUUUAAUGGCAUUUAAAGCUACACUUCCUGGGAGAAAUACAAUGAAAUGGUUUGGACCCACACAGCAGAGACUCAGUGUUCUGGGUUUUACUCUUAUACAAGUGAUUAUAUGUAUCCUUUGGUUAACAAUCUCUCCUCCUUUUCCAUCCAAGAACUUUAAAGAAUUUAAGGACAAAAUCAUUCUGGAGUGUGCUUUGGGCUCAGCAGUGGGUUUCUGGUCUGUGCUCGGGUACAUUGGACUACUUGCCUUGUUGUGUUUUACUUUUGCUUUUCUGGCUCGUAAACUGCCGGAUAAUUUUAAUGAAGCCAAAUUUAUUACUUUUAGCAUGCUCAUAUUCUGUGCUGUGUGGAUUGCUUUUAUCCCAGCGUAUGUCAGCUCUCCGGGAAAAUUUAGCGUUGCUGUGGAAAUCUUUGCUAUUCUUGCCUCUAGUUUUGGAUUGCUUAUUUGCAUCUUUAUUCCAAAAUGCUAUAUCAUGUUACUAAAACCAGAGAAAAAUACAAAAAAGAAUAUGAUGGUUAAGGGGGCUCCUAGAUAAUCCUAAGAACAGAGACAAAACAGUGGCAAAAGAAUAUCAAAUCAUAUUUUUUUAAAUCACAAUAGAUUGAUAUACUACAAUGUAAUAUAUAUAUCAAUUAUAAGGUCUAGUAAUUGAAUUCUGAAUCACCUUUAAUUAUAAUAUGUGUGUUAUUGAGUCUAAAUGCAUCUUUUAAAGUUUGAAAUAAAUUUUAUA